AUGGUUCUCUCCCAUCCGGAAGAAGAAGAUCCAGAGACAUGGGAUCAGGGCAAGGCCUUAGAAAGCAUGAAGGACCAUUUCAAAGGAUGGGAUCCGGCUCUACUGAAACUCAUCGCCAUGAUCGAGAAGACAAUGAAGUGGCCGUUGAUGACCGGAGCCCCGGUCGAGAAGUGGGUCGCACCCACUGGCAAAUUGCUAAUGCUGGGGGACGCUGCUCAUGCUAUGCUGCCAUACAUGUCACAAGGCGCCGCCAUGGCCGUUGAAGACGCCGCUGGCUUGGCUGAAGCCAUAAGUAUGAUCGGAUCGAAGAGUCAGCUACAGAUAGCGUUGAACGUUUUCGAGACCAUCCGAGUCAAACGCGCAAACCAGAUGCAAGAAGCCAGCCUCAUAAACGGUAAGCUGUGGCACUUUGCAGACGGUCCCGAACAGGAGGCUCGUGAUAUUGCUAUGCGCCCUGAGGUCGAGGGCCUUCACUUCGACGAGAGUCCGAAUCAAUGGAGUGAUCCUGUCACCCAAGAUUGGUGCUACGGAUAUGAUGCAGAGGAGGCCAUGGCCAAGGCUAUGAGUAGUGCUUUGGCUAAAGCCAGCCUCCCAGCAAGUGUUAAUGAUUAA